CUGUCUUCCUAGAGUGGGGGAUUGGCAGAUCUCAAGCAGGAUUACCACUGGCAAGAUGAUCGGUGUGACCGACCGAGUCAUGUGCAUAUUCGCAAGGGCGAGAUAAGCUGCAUCUACAGUAAAUCUUUAGUGCCAGCGCACUUCCAGAGAGAAUUUUGAGUUGUGGAGCUGAAGUGUAGCAGACGAUGAUGCCACUACUGCACAUACACACGAUGUGGCUGCCUGAAAGACCAUCCCGAAUGCGGACAGCCCAGAAUUGUCUGUGCUGAUUGUGCAGAUCAUCAUAUCGACCCACGAUAGCUAAAGUGGUGUAAGAUGAGGCCUGGAGAUCUUGCUGGCCUGGUUUUCACCCCUUGGCGCGCCGGUAUUUCGGAUCAGCCAACCGAGGUUCAGAUAAUCUUGAGCCUAGAUAGGAAUCACUCGGUUCGGAUAUCUUGGAUCAGGGAGAGGCGAUUGAGACUGACUCAGGGUUUCGAAGAACUCAAACUGUUGGCUGUUACUAUAAGCUGUGGGUUUGUCGGAGGAGCCGAGCGUCGAUGAUGAUCGACUGCUGAGAUACCGCAACGGCGUUGCAACCCCGGAUCGAGCAGAUGCCGGGGCUAUCCGGUGGAACCCCAAUGAUUGGAGUAAGACAAUAAGAUCGGAGUAUUCCUAGAGGGUUUCAGAUAUUAAGACAAGGUUACUCCGUAGAUUGACUAUUAUCUCAAAUUGUU